UAGAAAACAUCGAACUGUCAAAAGUUGCAUCAAAACAAAACCGGAUCGGAUUGAAUUGCGCUGAAUUUUGUGCGGGAGUUCGAAAUAAUAUCAAGAAAUCGCUGUUUUCAACUUAAUUGCAGUUACUAAAAUAUAUUAUCGGUAAAUUAUAUUGUGAGGAAUAUUGCAAUAUCUUUGACAGUGUAAAACCAACGCCAAAAUGAGUGAGGAAGAUGAGCGUACUCUCUGGUGUGGAAACCUUGCGGAGAAGGUGACGGAGGAGCUGCUGUACGAGUUGUUCUUGCAGGCCGGUCCGGUAGAAAUGGUAAAGAUUCCCCAGGACAAAGAUAAACGCCCCCGAUCGUUUGCAUUUAUAACCUUUGCCCAUGGAGCCUCGGUGGAAUACGCUAUGAACAUUUUCGACGGCACAAGGUUGUUCAAUCGGCAGCUGACGAUACACAAGAAGAGCAAAAACGGACAAAACGCAGGAUCGCCAAAGGUGAACAAUCCCCAGCAGAAACCGUGGCCAACAGCAACAACAACAACAGCAGCAGCACCAGCAGAUGAACCUCGGAAACAUGCCGAACCUGGCCCAGAUGCAGUUUGCCAACAUGAGCCCGGGAGCAAUGACCCAGAUGAUGAUGCAGGGAAUGAUCAAUCAGCUGAGCCAACAGGUGCUGGCCAAUAUGGGCAACAUGCCGCAGAAUAUGCAACAGAACAAAAUGAACCGUAACGAUCGCCAGCAACACCAGCAGCAGAAGCCAUACUCUCGGGAGAGGGACAGAGACCGGGGUGACAAUUUCUCCGGUCGGGAUCGGAACGAAGGGGGGGACCAGAUGUUCUCCCGGGAUAGGGGCAACGGUCGCGGUGACGGAAACAAAAAGCGAAGAAACGAGUAUCGUGGAAGGAGAUAACAUGGGGGAGACUUCGAUUGGACUUUUUCGUAUUUUAUCCACUGUAUGUCUUGAGAUGAAUAUGGCGAAAUAAAUUUAAUAUAUCUUA